CCAUCAUCAUAUCGCACCCAUGGCGCUACUUCAACUUCCCUCGGAGGUGCUGUUACACAUGCUGGACGGUGUUGGAGCGAGCUUCUUCUACAAGGACAUCCGCAGGUUACACGUUUCCAAGCGCUGGUACAGCCUAGCAUGGCUGAUUAUGGCCCGCGAAGUCCACUUGAAUCUCCGGACUCUCCCACGGUUGCUCGAAAACGAGGAGGUGUUUGGCCGAAUUCGAACCCAUCUCAGCUCAGUCAACUUGUAUCUGCAUUUCCUAGGCAAAACUGUUCGAGACGACCCCAGCCCUGACGAUAAAUGUGUGGUCGAGGCCAAUUCCUUUUUGGACCAGCUAGUCGUCCCACUGCGUCACUGUCCACAGCUGAAGUCGUUAUCCAUCAUCGCAGCACUGGGCCUCUUCGGCCUCUCAACGGGAUCCAUUGGCAGCCUCCUUUCCGUCUGUCCCCUCACGUCUUUGCACAUCGACAUCCCCAUUCGCCUGGCUUUAUGGCGAGGCCGCCCGGGGUACAACGACCACACGGCACAUCUCUGUCGUUGCAUUAACGCUCUUCUGCCGUCACUUCGCCGUCUCAGUUGUCGGCUGCAUUUGAUAUGCGACCAACUCCUGGAGCCACUACCGGACGAUGCCAACGGACCACUCAAGCUCGAGGAGCUGAUCAUCAACUUGACCCAGCCAUCGUUUACCGGACAAGGUCGGCACCAUCCAAGAAAUUGUGGUUCCAUACUAGCGCCGUUUGAACCUGUGCAAAAGGCCAUUGAAAACCAGGCGGAAGCGUUGGUGGCAAGAUUAAACAACCCUCGGAUGGUCAGGGUGAUUGGGUAUGGCGUUCUUUUGCAGGAAAUAUACGCCUACGACGCGAUCACGAAGCGCCGGACAAGGCUGGAACCAGAUGCGGAAUGGGAUGCGGAGGGACAAGUGGUUGCGGACGAAGGAUGAGGCGGGGGGGCAAUAGGGGGCGAGAG